AUGCCAGCGGAGAGAGUCCGUCCAACUCCUGUCUCGUGUCGUUCAUGCAGAUCGAAGAAGCUGAAAUGCAAUCGUGUUCAGCCAUGCUCCAACUGCACUGCGCGGGGUAUUGCGUGCCACUUUUUGGUUGCCCCACAACCACAAUCAGACAUAACGUCUACGCCGAGGAGCAAUGAGGAACUCUUGCGACGCAUUGAACAACUGGAAUCAAGGGUGCUGAGACAAACAGAUUCCACUGAACCUGCCGCUGGCGACAAUCUUGCUUCAAGACAGCACCCCCUCAACCCCAUCUCAGAAAGCGUCAUCGUAGCAAAUGACCAUCAGAAGAGAGACCGAGACUCGCGAGUGAUCGAAAAUAUCGGGACUAGAGACGAUUCACUGCUGCCUCGUUUGUCCAACAGGGUAGCUUUUAGGAUAACUGACACACACCACAUCUCGGAGAUUGAGAGUGAUCUACAGGAUCAGUUUUCAGCGUCCAACUAUUACGGCGGAUUAAACAGCAAUAUCGUGACCUUCCCAACUUUUCGAGUCGCAAGCCUCCUCAUUCAAAACUACGAAGCCAAUGUUGACUUCCUAUGCCAUAUAUUGCAUAUUCCAACAGUCAAGUCCCUCGCCAAGACCUUUUACCUUCAAUUGAGUCAAAAUGAAUCCGUACUGCCCGGUCAAGCUGCUUUACUGCUCUCCACUUUCGCAAUUUCUGCGUACUUCUACCAGCCAUUUGAACGUUCAGAAGUAGCUACUACUAAGGAAGAUGGGAUUAGGCUGUCGAAAUCAUUGAUCAAAGGUGCUUUGGAUGUACUGGAUCACUCGCGCCGAAACACUUCAGGCACCUUGGAAGAUGUUCAAGCGUAUAUCCUCAUGUCAUUCGUAACCUAUCAUUUGGACGGCUUCUCUGCGAGAGGUAGAAUUCUGUUCGCCGCUGCUCUUUCGAUAGCCAGGGAGCUUCGUUUACAUCAAUUGGACGCUGACGAGACCACUCCUGCUGAGAGUGAGACAAGCAUCCGAGUCUUGAUAGAUCGCGAAGUUAAGCGAAGGGUGUUCUGGCAAAUAGCCUCAACAGACUGGCUUUUAUCAUUCAUUUCUGGGCCGCAAGAAGGAAUGUACUUUAUUCAUCCCAAUCAUAUAAAUGUUCGACUACCCAAGAAUUGCGCAGACGAGGACGUCGAUUUGAGUGAGGACACCAUAGCGAUAAAUGGUCCUCAACCAACUUCAAUGAGCUUCUUCCUCGAACGUCUUCGGCUAGCAAAUCUAUGUCGUGAAAUGACCGAUACUGUCCCAUUGGAAACAUCCAAGCUGAUUCAAAUGCCAUAUGAGCAAAUUAUAGCACUGGACCAAAAGCUCCAGGAUUUUCUUUCGAAUCUACCAUUCUUCUUCAAAUUCGACAGCGAAAGCCGCAGAAGAAGCAAGCCGUUCGAAGCCGUCUACCCCAAGAUCACUGUCUCGCGGUAUUGCAUCACAUCCGAGGCACAUAGCAGGCGAUGCAAGCUCCACCAGCGAUUCCUCCUACGACAGUCCGUCGAUCCUCGAUAUGCGUACUCGAGACAAGCAUGCCUUGAGUCAGCUCGUGCAGCCGUUUCAGGCUUCCUGUACCUCCGAGAGCAUGAGUGCACAUACGCAAGCUCAGAGUUUAUGGGAAUAAUGUUGCACUUCACGCAUCUGGCAUUGGUGGUAAUGGCUAUGGAUCUGUGUUUCAAUAAAGGUCAACCAGAUGAGGCUGAAAUAAAAUCGGAGUUGAAGAUUGCCUUGCAGAUGUUUGAAGAGGCCAGAAACUCGUCUGCACUACUAAGCCGAUUCUGGUGCUCCCUUAACGAGGUGCUGAGGAAACACAACGUGGAUCUGAAUCAUCCAACGAAUUCCGCUGGUAGCAACGAUCUCAGGCUAAUGCCUGACGGUGGCUAUAAUUUCCUUACUGUCGACCAUAUGCAGUAUGCCCAGACAGAGAUGAAUAUCGACGACCCAAAUUUUACCUUUGAUACUUCCUUUGACGACUUUUGGCAGUUUGCGAUGCAAGGCGAGUCGAACCCUGAUUCGAUCACGUGGGACAAUUUGUACUCGAGCCUUGACUCGCGACCACUUUGA